AUGGAAAACGAUUUUUACGGAAAUUGACUAUUAAAAAAGAAAGAGAAUUUCAAACUGCCGGGUAUAAGAGCAAAUGCAAAUAUCUCGCAAUUACAGGCUAAUUCAUCAAGAAGAGUCCACACAAAAAGCGUUUUAAGAAAGUCUUGACCAAAAUCUUUAUCAAGAUCUCCGAGCCCAAAAUCAUCAUCUCCUCUAUUAAGUUUAUAACGUUUUUUAAUCAUGGUAGAGGAAGCAAAAUAGAAGAACACCCCAAGGCAUCUCUGGCUCUCUCAGAUCUGAGUGUUAACGAAAGUGGCGUUCUGUUCGGGUUCACCUCUGACACAGACCUACCACGAAAUUUUGCCGAGGCACAGCACAUGGCGAGGACCAGAAAAAUUCUACCUCACCAAGAACCCCAGAGACCCAAACAGGGAAGAUAAAAGAGAUCUCUACUUCUCCUUCACGAGAGCCCUAGAAGCCAUAUUCAGGUCAGGAGACAUUUUAAGGGCUCGGAUGAUGACACUCGGAGAUGGCGUGGUUACCUUCACAGAUGGCGCAAAAUAUGAAGCCGCCCUUUAAAGUUGGGUACAUAAAAGUCAAGCACUUAAGUAAGGUAGUGCUUGUCCCAACUGGACCAUACUUACCUGCCAGGAGAGGUUAAUUAUAGCAGAUAUAGGAUCAAAGCAAGCCUUCCAGUCUGUAUAGAGGAUUGUGAAGAGGUCAGCCAGCUCUGUAGGAUUGUCGAAGUAGACAUGUAAAACACUAUAAUUGAAGGAAAGGAAAACAAUGAGUUUCAUUCCUAAAUCCAAAUACGUCCUCUACGCCCAAUGCCACUGCUUAGCAAGCACUAGAGCUUCCUGAAUCUUAAUCUUAAUUAUCUAUAACGCUUAACGUCCACUACGGGGUAGCCAACUCCAGAACUGCCACCAUAUUUAUCCACGUGUCGGUCCAGGAAUCGCUGGAUCGAUCCCCUUUUGAUCUCCAGGGCAUGGAUAAAUAAGGCAUUCCGGCUUCGACGGGCUUCGCUGCCGCCACGGCUUUAUUCCGACUCAGCUCCUGCGCGUGUUCCGCCUGAGGGUCCAUCUCCCUUGGGAUGUGCUGAGGGGUAAAGACCUGAGAGUCUUGAUCGCACUGAGGAGCAGUUCCUCUAGUUAUCUCCAAAGUUAAACCGCUGUUGCUGUGCAGAAGUUCUCGAGGUAAAACCCAACCCCAUAAAUAACAUUGCUUGAGUGAGAGAAAGUUAGCGGAGCUAACUUCGCUUGAAGCGAAAGCCAUUUUAUUUAUAUAGAGCUUCCUGAAUCAAUCGAAAUCACUUUUUUAUUUUAAUGGAGUCUAAAAUUGCCAAAAAGGUGUGACUCAUCAAAGCUGCUUUGGAACUUGACCAAAGAUUGUGCAGAUGAGAAAGAAAUUUGGAAAAAUUUAGCUCUGAUAGUGACAGUAGUAUAAUUUUGGAUGAAUUAGAGUCUUUAGAGGAGGAAUUCCUACAAUGGAGGAAGAAUGGGAUGAGACGGAAUGGAUUGGCUAUGAAAGUGAAGAUGUAUACGAGAAUGAGAGCGGGUGUGGAAGAGUGACUAUAAUUGAAGACGAUUUAGAUGAGUUGCUUAAGGCAAUGGCCUGCAUACAAGGAGAAUUAUUGGGUGGUGAAGAAUUGAUUCAGGUGCUGGAAAAGCAUACGAGACUGGAAAAAUAUAAAAGAGAAACUAGAAUCAGUGGCUGAGAGCAAGGAAGUAGAGGAGAACAAAAAAUUUGGAUGAGUCUGAAGGCGAUCAAAAUUUCUGGGCUUGAGAAAUCAAAAGAAGAUGAAGAAGAAAGUAAAUUAGAAUGCGUAUCAGAAAAAGAUGAGAAAAUUGUGAAUAAGGAGAGGAAGGACGCAACAAAAUGUGCGUUUUUAAGACCAACUAAAGUUCUGAAUGAUAGAGGUGAGACUGAGAAGAGACAAAAAAGGGAAGGCGAAAUUGAAGGAGAUUCUGAAAGAGAUGCUGAAGGAUGAACUGAUGGAGGUACUGUAGAAGAAGCUAAAGGAGAAAUUGACAGAAUAGGUGAAAGAGAAAUUGAAGGAUGGAAAAGGAGGAAAAAAACCAUAAGGGUUUGCUGUGGGCUCUGCCCGCUGAAUAAUUAAGUAAGUAAGUAAGAAUCGAAAUGGAUGGCCAGACUGUUUGGAUGAGUCAUGCUGGAACUUUCAUGUAUCAGAUAGGUCUGAUUUCCGUUCCCAUUUAAGUAACCCUCUCUCCUCCCUCUAUUAACUCCCCCCCCCUCCGUGAGUGAACACAAAACCAUUAGAAAAAUCCCUAUUUUUUGCCCAAAAACCCACCCUCCGUGAGUGAACAAAAAUUUUUUUAAUAGAAAAAUUUUUUUUAUGGAAAUAAAUUUUGAUAUAUAAAUGAUAAUUAGUAUAAUGAAAUCAUUAGCUAAUUCUGUUUAAUUUUGAACGAAUUGCUUUUUUAAAACAUAAAUUUUAUAAAUUAAAUUAAUUUUUGCUUUCCAAUUUUUGCGAAUUAAGAUUUUUUUAAAUUUCGAAAAAAAACUUUUUUUUAUAAAAUUUAUAUAUAAAUUUUUUAAAAAAAAAAAAUUAAUCCCCCUCCGUGAGUGAACAAAAUGUUUUUGCUCACUCACGGAGGGGGGGGGGAGUAAGUUUAAAAAAGGAGCUUCCCUUUCUGAUUUCUCCUGUAUCUUCAAGCAAGUUGGAUGAAGAAAUUAGAAUUAGUCCACAUAGAGUCAAUAAAGUAAGACAAAAAACGCCUGUUUUAGUAUACGAAAAUGUAGUUAUGAGCAAAGAUUUGGCUAUUAUGGCACAGGUGAGAAGGAAGCUAAUAAAUGAAGUUACUGGCAGCAAAAUUCUUAAUCUCACACAAGAUGUAGUAAACACAUUGAAAUAUCAAUAUUUGCCUGAAGAACUUAAAAAUAAUGAAACUUCACAGCAACAUUUACAGAAACAAAAAGCAAGUUUAGAAAGAACUACGAGGCAUCCUUUAGGGACUGCUGCCUAUGCUAUACGGUCUUUAUCGCCAACUUCAAGAAAAGUUAUAAAGAAGCACCUUAAAUUGUCACUACCUCAGGGAUCUCGAUUUUUGGAUUAUUCUUACACCUCCCCUCCGUGAGCAAACAAAGCAUUGAAAAAUCCCUAUUUUUUGGGUGAAAACAAAAAAUUUUUAUGAAAAAAUAAUUUGAUAUAUAAGUGAUAAUAAUAAAAUCUCGACUAAUUCUGUUUAAAUUAAUCAGUUAGCUUUUUAAAGCAUAAAUUUUACGAACUAAAUUAAUAUUUGCUUUAAAAAUAUUUCGAAUAGGAAUUUUUUAAAUUUUGAAAAAAAAAUUACUAUAAAAUUUAUAUACAAUGUUUUAAAAAAACACAAAAUUAAACCCCUUAUGAUUAACAAAUUAUUUUGUUCGCUCAUGGAGGUGGAGAGUUAG